GAACGCGACCACUUUGACUUUUCGUUUACUCGUUAUUACAGUUUGCUUUCGUUCUCUGCGCAAAUAAAAAGGUUCUUCUUCUCCACCUCAGUCUCUUCAACUUCCACGAAGAGUUUUCCUUUGAGAUUCACUGGCUGUACAAAACCAAAAAACCCACUUAAGCAGGUUCAGGUCAUCAACUUCGAAAUGGUUUUUGUGGGUCUUGCUCAAUUUGCUGUCAAAUAUUUUGUUGACGUUCUUGCAUGGCCUCUCUUUGCCUUGGGGUAUCCUCUUUGUGCUUCCAUUAGGGCAAUUGAGUACAAUUCAGUUUCAGAUACUCAGAAGUUGAAUACUUAUUGGGUUGUUUUCUCUUUGAUUCUGCUUCUUGAACAUGUUUUGAAUCUCCUUGAGUGGCUUCUGCUGUGGCCAUACAUCAGGCUAAUGAUUGUCUGUUGGUUAGUGACCCCUUACUUUGAUGGUGCUUUCUACGUCUAUAAAAAUCUUAUUCGCCCAUGUCUCUCUAUGGACCUCCAAAACGUAAUCAAUUGGUUGAAUAAACGAAUGGAGUCCUUGUACGCGAAAGAUAACUUUUUAAUCGAGAUGGAGAAAUUUAUAAAGGAGAAUGGACCUGAAGCUCUUGAGAAAAUCAUUGCUUGCAAGUCUGGUGGCACAAAGCAGAAUCUUGAUGUGAAAGAUAGCAAAGCAUCACCAUCUACAGAGAAUAAAGAGGUGGAGCAGUUGAACUCUGAAAGGCAUACUGUUACGCAGAAAGAUAUCAGACCUGUAGAGGUUUUGGAGAAGAAUGAAGUGAAAGCUGCUAAGCAAGGUAGCAGAGUACAGCCAAAUGUCACUCGGGUUGAAAACAGAAAUUUUGUAGGUCCAGAUAUUAAAAAACAGGUUCCUGAAGGUGCAACACAAAGAGAACUUCCACAGACACCUUCUUCUAGUAAAGGCCAAAAAUGGACCUGUGAGAUAUGCCGUAUAACAUCGGAGGGUGUGACUACUUUGAAUUCCCACCUUCAAGGACAAGAACACAAGGCUGCUGUUGAGGCUCUGAAAGCCAAAAACCGGUCAUCAGGCCCCAAGGUUGUCCCAACUUUCAUUCCAAAAAAUUCCAAUGUGCCAAAUGUGGAGCCUACUUUGAAUUCCCACCUUCAAGGACAAGAACACAAGGCUGCUGUUGAGGCUCUGAAAGCCAAAAACCGGUCAUCUGGCCCCAAGGUUAUCCCAACUUUCAUUCCAAAAAAUUCCAAUGUGCCAAAUGUGGAGCCUACUUUGAAUUCCCACCUUCAAGGACAAGAACACGAGGCUGCUGUUGAGGCUCUGAAAGCCAAAAACCGGUCAUCAGGCCCCAAGGUUGUCCUCACUUUCAUUCCAAAAAAUUUCAAUGUGCCAAAUGUUGAGCCCUCUUUGAAUUCCCACCUUCAAGGACAAGAACACGAUGCUGCUGUUGGGGCUCUGAAAGCCAAAAACCGGUCAUCAGGCCCCAAGGUUGUCCCAACUUUCAUUCCAAAAAAUUCCAAUGUGCCAAAUGUGGAGCCUACUUUGAAUUCCCACCUUCAAGGACAAGAACACGAGGCUGCUGUUGAGGCUCUGAAAGCCAAAAACCGGUCAUCUGGCCCCAGGGUUGUCCCCACUUUCAUUCCAAAAAAUUCCAAUGUGCCAAAUGUGGAGCCUACUUUGAAUUCCCACCUUCAAGGACAAGAACACGAGGCUGCUGUUGAGGCUCUGAAAGCCAAAAACCGGUCAUCAGGCCCCAAUGUUGUCCUCACUUUCAUUCCAAAAAAUUUCAAUGUGCCAAAUGUUGAGCCCUCUUUGAAUUCCCACCUUCAAGGACAAGAACACGAUGCUGCUGUUGGGGCUCUGAAAGCCAAAAACCGGUCAUCAGGCCCCAAGGUUGUCCCAACUUUCAUUCCAAAAAAUUCCAAUGUGCCAAAUGUGGAGCCUACUUUGAAUUCCCACCUUCAAGGACAAGAACACGAGGCUGCUGUUGAGGCUCUGAAAGCCAAAAACCGGUCAUCUGGCCCCAAGGUUGUCCCCACUUUCAUUCCAAAAAAUUCCAAUGUGCCAAAUGUGGAGCCUACUUUGAAUUCCCACCUUCAAGGACAAGAACACGAGGCUGCUGUUGAGGCUCUGAAAGCCAAAAACCGGUCAUCAGGCCCCAAGGUUGUCCUCACUUUCAUUCCAAAAAAUUCCAAUGUGCCAAAUGUGGAGCCAGGAAAGAGUGGACCACAGAAAGAGUAUUCCGGUAAUGCUGAGGUUCGAGGCCAGCAACAGGGUAUUCCUGCUUCAGUUCCAAGGAAAUCGGUUCAAGCUCAACAGCCGAAGAAGCCUAACAUAGGUAGCAUUGGGAUAAAUAAGAGCUCUCUAUGGUGCAGCAUUUGUAAUGUAAACUGCACUAGCAGGUCUGACAUGGCAUCUCAUCUUCGAGGCGGAAGGCACUUAGCUGCCAUUCAACAAGAUUGGAAGCUUUGGGAUUGAUAAGAGCUCUCUAUGGUGCAGCAUUUGUAGUAUAAACUGCACCAGUGAGUUGGACAUGGCAUCUCAUCUUGGAAGCAGAAGGCACGUAGCUGCCCUUCAACAACUAUCCACUUAGUUUGAUUUCCUCAUCUGAGACCCACACUCUGUUUCUUUCUCUAUCUCUCUACAUAUAAUGCAAUUUAGGUCGUAUUAUUGUGUUCCA